CCGGCUUCCGUAGCGAGCUGCUUCUCGGAGGAGCAGGAUGGACGUCCUGCGGCCCACCCUGAUAAGGAUCGGGGAGAGGGUGUACAGGAAAAAUGCCAUUCAAGAGCAGACCUACCAGCAAGAGGAGGAGGACUUCUGUGCAGUAGGCCCAGGUGACUGCUCAGAUGAACCCUGUGAUGCCUUUGUGGUGGAAGAGACUGAGAAAGGCUUCCAGUGCAGAGUGGAGGUUCCCAGCCCCUUAUACAAGUACAUCAUUGGGAAAAAAGGGGAAACCAAGAAGAGACUGGAAACAGAGACUAGAACUUCCAUCAGCAUUCCCAAGCCUGGAGUAGAAGGAGCAAUUGUGAUCACAGGGCAGCAGCGCAGCGGUGUGGUCUCCGCCCGGACAAGGAUUGAUGUCCUCCUGGACAGCUUCCGUAAGAAACAGCCCUUCACACACUUCCUGUCCUUUGCUCUCAACCAGCCCCACAUCCAGGAGAGGUUCCUGCAGUUCAAGGAGGAGGUGCUGGGGAAAUGCUCGCAGGAUCCUGGGGUCAGCAGCAGCCUGUUCCAGAACCCUGUGAAGCUUCACCUGACCCUCGGGACGCUGGUACUGCUGAACGAACGAGAGAUCCAGAAAGCCUGUGACCUCCUGCAGCAAUGCAAAGAGGACUUUGUGGACCAAAUUGCUGGAGGCAAGCCCCUGACUGUGGAGGUAGCAGGAGUGGAGUACAUGAACGAUGACCCUGCCAUGAUUGAUGUCCUGUAUGCCAAAGUCCGCAUGAAGGAUGGCUCAGACAGGUUGCAGUUGAUCGCUGACCAGCUGGUGGAAAGAUUCAUAGCCUCUGGCCUGAUGCUUAAAGAGUGGGACAGGGUGAAACUGCAUGCUACAGUCAUGAACACUCUCUUCAGGAAGGAUCCAAAUGCUGAAGAACGAAACAACUCAAUGCCUGGGAAAUCGUCUUUGAAGGAACGGGAGUCAUUCAACGGCCAAAAUAUUCUCAAGCUCUUUGAGAACUUUUACUUCGGAGAGGUGCAGCUGGACUCGGUGCGUCUUUCCCAGAGGUUCUCCUCAGAUGCCUCUGGCUACUAUGCGACGUCUGGGCAGCUGACCUUCUCCUGAGGAUACAGCAGGUCCAUUCUGCAAGCAGAAGCACUUAACUUGUCAGUGAGAUGUGUUUACAGGACAGGAUUUUUGGAUGGGAACCUGGGAACUCCCAAGCAGGGAUGCUUUGUGACUCCUCGACAGCACAUUGCAGCCAGGAGUGGUGGCAUUCCCCUGCAGCUCUUCCUACACAUCCCUUCUGCCUCCUUUCACUGGUGGUAACCAAAAUGUCACCAAAUUGCCUGUUGCCUGUUUGUUUUCCAAGAAAACAACCAGAAGAACUGGUGCAGGUGGCUUUUUUUUUGGGGGGGGGAGGGCAUCACCAGUGUUGAAGCUUGGCUUUAUUUCAGGAGGAGGAAGUUCUUAAAAGCAAAGAUCCACGAGAGCUUCCCAGAGGGUGAUUUAACGAUAGCGAGGUCAGGCACUGCUUGGAUCUCCAGCAGCAUUCCUCUGUGAUGUAGAUCUGCAAAUAAAU